GUACAAAAGCGGUGAGCAAAGCGCGGUGCACACACUGGGAGAGAAGAGCUGGCAAUCCAUGCAGACCCAGCAAAGCAACGCUCCACACACAGGUCGCGCCCGAGGAUGAACCAGAACAUGCCCAAGAACUCGAGCGAGGACGAGCCGAGCUGGUUUCCAUCCAGGACAGAGGGCACCGCGUUGGACCUGUCGGCUGCCCCGCCAGCGGUGCUCAGCCCAUGGGACGUGGCACUGUGUGUGUCCGGGACCAUCAUCUCCUGCGAGAACGCGAUCGUGUUGGCUCUGAUCUGCUACACGCCGGCCCUGCGGACACCCAUGUUCCUGCUGAUCGCCAGCCUGGCCACGGCCGACCUGCUGGCCGGACUCGGACUGAUCCUCCACUUUGUGUUCCAAUACUGCCUGCGCUCACAGUUGGUCAGUCUAGUCACGGUGGGUCUACUCGUGGCUUCAUUCUCCGCUUCAGUCUGCAGCCUGUUGGCCAUCACUGUAGACCGCUACCUCUCCCUCUACAACGCACUCACCUACUACUCGGAGAGAACGGUCACCAGGACGUAUCUGAUGCUGAUCCUCACCUGGGGCAUCUCCAUCAGUCUGGGCCUGUUGCCCGUGAUGGGCUGGAACUGUGUGGGAGCCCCCUUGACCUGUGGUGUGGUCAGGCCAUUGACCAAGAACAACCUGAUCAUCCUGUCCGUGGCCUUCUUCAUGGUGUUCGGCAUGAUGUUGCAGCUUUACAUGCAGAUCUGUAGAAUAGUGUGCAGACACGCACACCAGAUCGCCCUACAGCGACACUUCCUCGCCACCUCCAACUAUGUCACCACUAGCAAGGGCAUCUCCACGCUGGCCCUCAUCCUGGGUGCAUUCGCCGUGUGUUGGCUGCCCUUCGCCAUCUACUGCCUGAUGGGAGACCACAGCUACCCCAAGAUCUAUACCUACCUCACCUUUCUGCCCGCCAUCAACAACUCCAUGGUCAACCCCAUUAUCUAUGCCUAUCGCAACCAGGACAUCCAGAAGGUGCUGUGGACCGUGUGUUGCUCUUGCUGCUCUUCCAAGAUGCCAUUCCGAUCCAGAUCGCCCAGUGAUGUGUGACACUCCCUCCCUGGACAAUCAGACUGGCUUCAAGGGGGUCUCCACUCCCCCUUCCCCUCCCCUCCUCUCCCCCCUCUCUCCAAGUGUCAGAGGUUAUGGGGGAGAAGGCAGGAGCAUGGGGUUGAGAGGGGGAGAUACAUCAGCCAUGAUGGAAUGGCAGAAUGGACUUGAUGGGCCGAAUGGCCCAGUUCUGCUAGUACUUGGGAACUGACAGUAUAAACACCUUGCACUAAAACCAACCUGACAUUGGGGGUGUGGAUGGAGAAGGGGGUUGACUCGACACUGGGCCAAACGGCAACAAGCCGACACACGUCAGGAGUGUAAUACAAAGACUAGCGCACUGUACUGAAUUUGCACAUGUCUUUUAAAGACAAACUGUAUGACAUGUACCAGGCACUUUGAACUCAGCCCUUAAACUGCACAACAGAGUCUAUUAAAAAUAAUAACUAUGUGAAUUUUAUUUUGAGAUUUCAGAUGUAUUCUUGUUUACAAUCAUAAAUAAAAAAAUCAUAAUUUGUGAUAUAAAUCCGGUGCUUUCCUCUAAGUCCAGACUGUGCCAGAUAUUUGAUUCCAUGUUUGAAUAAACGGGUUAGUCUGAGAAACUGAAACGAGAUUGUGAAUUACGAGUGUCUUAUUGCCCGCGAUUCAAAUCAUAUAAUGUGGUUCAGUUCAAAUGUGCAGGA